AUGGCGCAACCAAUCGCGCAACCAAAUGUCGACCCGGUCGACCCAGAUCGGGAUAAACCGUACUACUAUGAACGAAAAUUCGAUGGCAUCAAAAAAGAUGUCAUUACUCACAAGCUUUUAGAGGCCCCAGAUCCGAGCGCGGAGUUCGACAAGAUCUACGAAGCUAAGCUUCGCGAGGGUGCCGCAAUGUUUGGCCUGCAGUUCUACCAGACUCGCUGGUACGCCGACUUCAAGACUAUAGCUGAAGUCGGUAAGUAAAUUGACCUUCCAUGCUCAAAUUCCACUACUGACAGCUUGAGCAGGGCACAGACACGGUAGAAAAUAUACUGUGGAAGAGUUUGGGACACCUAUGCCACCGCCCAUGAGCGGAGAACAAGCCAAGGCAAGUCUACCAAGAAUGCUCGCGGGUGCCAGGGCCAGAGUGACAGCGAAAGCUGCGGCUUCAAAAGCUUCUGGUUCUACAGAAUCGCGUGGUGCGAUUCCUCAAGCUUCUGCCUCUACAGUCUCGAGUGGUGCGAUUGAUACUGUAGGCUCGCGUGGUGCGGUUGGCAAAGCUUCUACAUCUGUAGUCUCGCGUGGUGCGAUUGACACUAUAGCAUCUCGCAGUGCGAUUUCUCAAGCUUCUGCCUCUACAGUCUCGCGUAGUGCGAUUGAUACUGUGUUCUCGCGUGGUGCGACUCGCCAAGCUUCUGCCUCUACAGUCUCGCGUGGUGCGAUUGGCAAAGCUUCUACAUCCAUGGUCUGGCGUGGUGCGAGUUCCAGAGCUUCUGGCUCCCAUUCUUCAAAGGUGCAAAAAUCGCGUGGUGCGACUGCCAGGCCGAUGACUUUCUUAGAAAGACGAAGAUUGGAAUGGCGGGAAGCUGAAUCUACUGCUCAGGCCAGUAAAGUGCAAGGCCCCGAGUCUUCUAAUUCUGCCACAGUUGGCUCUAUAUCCUCCUCCGAAGGCAACAGCAGAAUCUUCAAAGGCUGA